AGUUCGCCGCUUCCCCGCCGCGCGUCGCCGCUCUCCGCGCUCCGCUCCGCUCCGCCCGCCGCCCCUCCGCCAUGAACGGGCAGCUGAACGGCUUCCACGAGGUGUUCAUCGAGGAGGGAACGUUCCUCUUCACGUCCGAGUCCGUGGGCGAAGGGCACCCAGAUAAGAUCUGCGAUCAGAUCAGCGAUGCUGUGCUGGACGCCCACCUGCGCCAGGACCCCGACGCCAAAGUGGCCUGCGAAACGGUUGCAAAGACGGGGAUGAUUCUCCUGGCGGGUGAAAUCACCUCCCGGGCUGCUGUGGAUUACCAGAAGGUGGUGCGGGACACCAUCCGGCACAUCGGCUACGACGACUCCUCCAAAGGCUUUGACUACAAGACCUGCAACGUGUUGGUGGCCCUGGAGCAGCAGUCCCCGGACAUUGCUCAGGGGGUGCAUUUGGACCGCAGCGAGGAGGACAUCGGCGCCGGCGAUCAGGGGUUGAUGUUUGGUUACGCCACGGAUGAGACGGAGGAGUGCAUGCCGCUCACCAUCGUGCUGGCGCACAAACUGAACGCCAAGCUGGCCGAGCUGCGCCGCAACGGCACCCUGCCCUGGCUGCGCCCCGACUCCAAGACACAGGUGACGGUGCAGUACAUGCAGGACCGCGGCGCCGUCAUCCCCAUCCGCGUGCACACCAUCGUCAUCUCGGUGCAGCACGACGAGGAGGUGUGCCUGGAUGAGAUGCGCGACGCCCUGAAGGAGAAAGUGAUCAAAGCCGUGGUGCCCCCCAAGUACCUGGACGAGGACACCAUCUACCACCUGCAGCCCAGCGGCCGCUUCGUCAUCGGGGGCCCCCAGGGCGACGCGGGUCUGACGGGCCGGAAGAUCAUCGUGGACACCUACGGGGGUUGGGGGGCGCACGGCGGGGGGGCCUUUUCUGGGAAGGAUUACACCAAAGUGGACCGCUCCGCCGCCUACGCCGCGCGUUGGGUGGCCAAAUCGCUCAUCAAAGCCGGGCUGUGCCGCCGGGUGUUGGUGCAGGUUUCCUACGCCAUCGGUGUGUCCCACCCGCUGUCCAUCUCCAUCUUCCAUUACGGAACGUCGCAGAAGAGCGAAAGGGAACUGCUGGACAUCGUCAAGAAGAACUUCGAUCUGCGCCCGGGGGUCAUCGUCAGGUGGGGGGGGGUUGAGGAGUGGGCUCUGGGAGAUGGUGCUCUGGUGAUCCUCUUCCUUUAG